GGACGAGAAAGAAAGGGAAACAAAAAAAAGAGAAAAAAAAAAGAAGAAGAAAGAAGGGCCGAAGCCGAAUAUUCUUUACCGUUUCUGUGUGCUUCCUCUCUCAGAUUCAUACCUGACGACGGUUCGUACUUGGGUGCUCCGCCGUUAGGAGUCGAUCUCCGUUUCAUUACAUCUUCCCCUUCUUUUCCGGGUGUACCCAUCUCGUUCAAUUUGGUUGAGCCAACGCGGUUUGCCUGGAGGGAGGCAGAGGCAAGUUCUCUCAGAGGAGAGGGAGAGUGAGAGGGGGAGUCGAUUUUUCGUGCUAGCGUCAGUCGAUGAUUGCCGUAAGUGUUUCCAUGGUGGGAAAUUGAGCCGGUCGAUGGCGGAUCGAGGUCCACGAUGAGGGUGGAUGAGACACCUUCUUUUUCUCUCCGUUGGUCGUCGUCGCUGUUGCUGCUUAAGGGAACAGAAUGGCAGCUCCGAGGAUUUUCGUUAACGAAAUGGGCGGGGGGCAGCGGGACGAGGAGAAGGCCGACGUCGAAUCUCCGACCGCCAAGAAAUCGGCUCAGCCGGAGAUCAGAUUGAGUCAAUGGGAGAUGACGGCCGCCUUCUGCGUCUUCUUCCUCUUCGUCAUUGGACUCUCCUGCAUCUACCUGACCAUGCCCACCGCUGAGUACAACAAGAUCAUCAGGCUGCCGCGCACCUUGUCCGAUCUGCGAGUCCUAAAGGGACAUAUUGCGUUGUAUGCAAGGGACUAUCAACUUCGGUUCAUUCUGGGCUACUGUUCUAUCUAUAUAUUCAUGCAAACUUUCAUGAUUCCUGGAACCAUUUUCAUGUCGUUACUUGCUGGAGCUCUUUUUGGUGUAGUCAGAGGUGUAGCUUUAGUAGUUUUUACUGCCACUGCGGGGGCAUCAUCCUGCUAUUUCCUCUCUAAAUUAAUCGGCAGGCCUAUAAUCUUCUGGUUAUGGCCCGAAAAAUUGAGGUUUUUCCAAGCAGAGAUAGCAAAGCGCAGAGAUAAGCUGCUCAACUAUAUGCUCUUCCUGAGGAUAACACCAACUCUUCCUAAUACAUUUAUCAAUGUAGCUUCUCCAAUUGUUGACAUACCUUUCCACGUGUUUUUCCUUGCAACACUUGUUGGUCUUAUUCCAGCUUCUUACAUCACUGUUAGAGCUGGCCUUGCUCUUGGGGACCUCAAGUCUAUGAGGGAUUUAUACGACGUGAAGACUUUGGCGGUUCUGUUUCUCAUUGGUUUUAUCUCUAUAGCCCCCACCAUCAUGAAACGGAAGCGGACAUACGAAUGAAGUUUUUUUUCCUUUUUUGUUAUCAAAUGUUAGCCAAGGAAUGCAUUUUUACUUUUGUUUAACAAGUGAAAAUUUUAUAGUUAUUAGGCAUUCAAUAUAGCCAAGGAAUUUGUAAAAUUGUA